AGAGAACAGAGGAACAUGGCUUCAUCCUUUCUCAGGGUCUCCCUGCUCUUCAUCAGCCUCCACACAGCAGAUGGAUUUAUAUAUUUUUUGACAAACCGUUGUGAGUUUAACUCGUCUGAUCUGAAGGACAUCGAGUUCAUCCAGUCAUUAUAUUACAACAAGGUGGAGUUCGCCAGGUUCAGCAGCAGUUUGGGGAAGUUUGUUGGAUACAAUGAGUUUGGUCUGAAACAGGCUGAGGCCUGGAACAACAACCCUUCAUAUAUGGCUGGGCUGAGAAAUACAAAGGAGUUGUACUGCAAAUUCUACAUUGAUUUUGCCUACGACCAUGUCCUCUCUAAAUCAGUCAAGCCACACGUUGUACUGAGCUCUACGGAGCCCUCUGGUGGUAAACAUCCGGCCACGUUAGUCUGCAGCGUCUACGACUUCUACCCCAAACACAUCAGAGUGAAGUGGAUCAGAGAUGGACAGCAAGUCACCUCGGAUGUCACUUCCACUGAUGAGCAAGCAGACAGUGAUUGGUACUACCAGAUCCACUCUCACCUGGAGUACACGCCCAGGUCUGGAGAGAAGAUCUCCUGUAUGGUGGAACACGCCAGCCUGAAAGAACCUCUGAUCACUCACUGGGACCCAUCCAUGCCUGAGUCUGAGAGGAACAAGAUUGCCAUCGGAGCCUCAGGACUGAUCCUGGGUCUGGUCUUAUCUCUGGCUGGAUUCAUCUACUACAAGAGGAAGGCCCAAGGACGGAUUCUGGUUCCCAGUAGCUGAUUCUGGACCUGGUUCUGGUCCUGUAGCUGUUUGUCAGAUGGAAUAAAAAGCAGCAGCUGCUUCAACCUGCUUCGUGUGUUUCAGCACAGCAGACUGUCGGUCCUGGACCAUCUGCUGGACCGCCUCAACUCCUGAUUCUCUGAUGAUCUGGGGCCUCAU